UAAAAGAAAGGCACCGGUUAGAAGAGAACCGGUGGUGACCCCCGGAUGGGUGAUUAAACUGAUGAAGACAUUCAAAGGUCGUGAGGGGGAUGCGAAGAUGAUAUUUGAGAAGGCGAUGACGAAGACCGACCUCGCAACAAACCAAGGACGUCUCUUGAUGCCCUUUAACCAAAUGGCUGAGAUGGAUUUCUUGAACGAGGCGGAGUUGAAGAUCCUAGAGGAGCAUCACAAAGGAGAUUAUGUUAAAAAAGGAGUUGAUGUGGUCUUGUUGGAUCGUAGUGGUAAGAAGAGAUGGAAUCUUAACAUGAGGAUAUGGAAGAUGAGUACUUGUUUCAACUACGCCUUGUGUGCUGGUUGGAACCAGGUCGUCCUCGAUAACGACUUUCAGAGAAACCAGACUAUUACGCUCUGGUCCUUCCACUCACUAGAUGGCACGCUCUACUUUGCUUUCGAUCCUCCCACUCCAGCUCUAUCUCUGGUUGUGAUCUCAGAGUCAGAGGAUCCGUUUGUGUGUGAAGAGGCAAACAGGAGACUUUAUCCAUUUCCAAAGAGAAGGACAACUCUUCGAGUUUGUGUUCCACCUCCAACAAGUGACUCCAGCAACCUCCGGUUGUGAUUAGAGAUUCCUGGGAAAAGACUUGAUCUUUGUUUUAUUCUGAACCCUAGCUCUCUCCCUAUUGACUUGUCACGCAAGUAGUUUCUUUCUUAGGCACUCAAAAAAGGAUUUUUUUGGUACACUGACUCUCGAGUGUUGUAGUUUCCUUAAUCGAAUGAAUAGAUGAUAUCAAUGGUUCAUUUUGGUCAUUUGCAUUUCAAUCUUGUUUGACUAUGUCGUUGAGUAAAUGUUUUAACCGGGAUAAACCAAUUAAUUACGCAAGGAAAGAUAAUACAUGCAAAGAAACAACACUUGAUGGGUGACAAAUAAAUGGACUAACAGAUAGAGAAAUGUGAGAUCUCAUAGUAUUCAGAAAAUAAGCUUUUACUCAACUGGUAGCAGAGUCUGAGGAUCUGAGCCAAGAAAAAAAAAGCCAAGCCUUGUUCUUCUGCUAAGCCUCUGCAGAAUACUCCACUAGCUUAUUCCACAGCUCUCCUACAUUCAUUUCCUGCAAACCAAUCCUUUUAAUCAAUCACCUGAUUAAGAUUUUGUAGGGCUUGGAGGCCAAAUGUGAAGUAUAACAUGUAGGGUCUUCCCAAUUUUUUUUUUUAAUUAUCUUGACAUUCAUACUUUUGUGUAUUGUGUAGAUGUUUUGGAAAAUAACUUGAACAAGUGCAAUUCUCUCAGAAAGUAUAUUACGAGUUUCAUGUUAAGCUACUACACAUUUGUGUGUCGUUUAGUAUAAUAUAAGUGCCCCACAUGCAGUUCAUAAUAAAGCUCAAAUUAACUCCAAAAGUAGAACCUCAUUUAGUAUAAGUGUCCCGCAGUUAGUCCAUAACAAAGGUUUACUUUAAAACCAAAAGUAGUACCCAACCAAAGUGUAUUGCGUCUCUUACUAAUAUUGAACUAGAUCAUGUAUCGCGCAGAUAUUCUUUUAAAUUAAACAAGUUUUAUAAGUUAAUUGAAUUUUUUAAUUAAUUGAAUAUUGUUUAAUUUUACGAAAUAUUUUAACUGCAUAAUAUUUAUUUUAUGUGAAUUAAUUAACAUUAUCAUAUCUUGAUAAUAAUUCGACUCAUAUUAUAAUCAGUUUAAGUUUGUUGCUUAUAAUUGGUGUUAAACAUUCAUCUUCAUUUUAUUUUAAACAUUUACAUAACUAUUUCUGUUAUUAUAUUUAUUGCACAACAUAGUCAUUUUCAAUGUAUCUUCAGAUAAUAAUAUGUAUAGAUAUUAUUUAUUUAUUUUUCCAACUCUUUUUGUUAUGAUUUUUUUAAUAAAUCUCCGUAAUAUAUGUAUUAGAUAUUAUUUAGAUAAAUUUUUAAGAGAAAAAGACCAAAAUAGCACUAAAUCAAGUUUUUGUUCCUAAACUAGCACUCAAGGUCAAAAGUCACAAAAAUAGCACUCAAGGGGUGGGGUUUAGGGUUUAGAGUUU